AUGAAAAGGAAGUUCAUGAUGCUAACCUUACUGAUUUCCGGACCUAAACAACCCGGAAAUGAUAUUGAUGUAUAUUUGAAGCCCUUAAUUGACGAUUUAAAAGAGUUGUGGGAUGGGAUAGAUGGAGUAUAUGAUCCAUUUAAGGGAGAAUACUUUAAACUGAAAGCUGUUUUGUUUUGGACAAUAAAUGAUUUUCCCGCUUAUGGGAACUUAUCAGGUAGUGUUAUGAAGGGUUAUAAUGGUUGUCCUAUAUGUUGUGAGAAUACAAAACCUUAUCGGUUGUCUCAUGGACAGAAAAUGAACCAUAUUGGUCACCGGAGAUGGUUACCGUGCCAUCAUCCUUAUCGAAGGCAGAACAAACAGUUCAAUAACUUGCCAGAGUUUGAACUUGCACCUGAACCUUUAAGUGGAGAAGAAGUCUUCAAAAGGGUUGAGGGCAUGAACUGGCCAUUCGGUAAAAAAUAUCCUCCCUCAAGUUAUAAGGGUGUAGAAGAUGAAACCAGACCAUGUUGGAAGAAGAAGUCCAUAUUCUUUGAACUUGAAUAUUGGAAAUUUCUUCCGGUUCGACAUAUUCUCGAUGUUAUGCAUAUUGAGAACAAUGUUUGUGAUAGUAUUAUCGGUACAUUAUUCAACAUUCCCGAAAAAAUAAAAGAUAGAGUUGCUGCUAGGAUGGAUAUGGUGGACAUGGGCAUACAGAUUGGUUUAGGACCAAAACCUGGGCCAAAAAAGGACAAGUUGCCACUUGCUAGUUGGAAUCUACUUCUAGAAGAGAAGAGAGCAAUGUGCAUGUCUUUCUUCAACAUGAAGGGUCCUUAUGGCAUUUCCUCAAAUAUACGAAAUCUUGUUUCCUUAGAUGACUUAAGGUUGGUUGGUCUCAAGUUACAUGAUUGUCAUAUGGUGAUGCAACAGCUACUACCUAUUGCUAUACGUUCAAGUUUAGAUAAACCAGUCCGGUUUGCAAUAAUUCGAUUCUGUCACUUCUUCAAGGCUAUAUGCAGUAAAGUGAUAGAUGUAAGAGAGCUGAAGAAAAUGCAAGAAGAUCUAGUUUUGACAGUUUGUGAGCUGGAGAAGUACUUCCCACCUUCCUUCUUUGAUAUCAUGAUCCAUCUCACAGUUCAUCUUGUUAGAGAAGUUGAGCUUUGUGGACCAGUAUUCUUUAGGUGGAUGUACCCUUUUGAAAGGUACAUGAAAACCCUGAAAAGUUAUGUUAGAUGUCGACACCAUCCAGAAGGUUGCAUUGCCGAGUCAUAUAUUGCUGAAGAAGUAGUGGAAUUUAUCUCAGAACGUGUACUUUGUGUUGAAGAUACAGUUGGCAUCCCAUCAGUAGGUAUAUUUGACGAAAGCUGCAUCAAACCCUUAUCUGGUGCAAGUAUUGUAUCUGUUUAUGGAAGGGAGUUGGAGUUAGCACAUCUCAAUGUAUUACAGAAUCUCGAUGAUGCUCGACCAUACUUUAAAGAACACAUGGAGAUUUUGAAGCAACAAUAUCCUAAGUACAAAAAAGAUGAAAGGUGGCUGACCGAUAAGCAAAAUUCAACUUUUCCAAAUUGGAUAAAGGAAAGGGUUGUUGAAGCAUUGGGGGAUCCUAAUAAUGACAUCUCUGAUUCACUGAGGUGGAUUGCAGAUGGAGUAAACUCAGAUGUACCAACAUUUUCUAGUUACAUGGUUAAUGGGGUUCAUUUCAAUACUAAGGAACGUGAUGAUGUUACGAAAGUGCAGAACAGCGGUGUUUUCCUACAUGCUCAUGCCUUACAAGUAGCUGGUGCAAAAGACAGAAACCCCAAAAUUGAUGACAUGGAUUUUUAUGGAGUUAUUGCAGCUAUAUGGGAGAUGGAUUAUAAUAAGUUCAGAAUUCCUGUCUUCAAGUACGAUUGGGUUGAAAAUGCCAAGGGCAUUAAAGUCGAUGAGUUUGGGUUUACAAUGGUAAACUUGAAUAGGAUAGGUCAUGUAUCUGAUCCUUUUGUGUUAGGGAAGGAUGUGAAACAAGUAUGGUAUGUAGAGGACCCAAGCAAAGAGAAUUGGUCAGUAGUUAUAACAUGUCCUGAGAGGAAUUAUGCUCAUGAUCAUGAUGGAGAAGAAGAGCUUGGGAAUCUGGAAAUGGAGCAGCAGCCCUUCAUAGCAACAAUGCCACCCAUCGAAACCUAUGACAAUACAGUCGGUGAUCAGCAGAUGCCCUACAUGCGACAAGGAAAUGAAGGGAUAUGGGUUGAUAAAUGA